AUGAAGUACCAGAAGUACCUGACGGUCUUGCAGAUGGCCAUCGGGGUGACCGCCUCCAACCGGGGCAGCCUCAUGCCCUUAAAGAGGAGGCUCUGGGUCACCCCCUCUUCCGAAAACCCCAGUGGUUCGAAUUGUAGCAUCAGCCAGGGAAAGCCUUCCUUAAGGAGGAUAAAAGGCCGGAUCCAUCGGAGCAAAAGUCUGGAUAGCCUCGAUUUCUGUGAGUUCAAUAGCACAACAAUGGAAGAAACGGCCAUAUGGGAACAACACACGGUGACACUUCAUAGGGCGCCUGGAUUUGGCUUCGGCAUCGCAAUAUCCGGUGGGAGAGACAAUCCCCACUUCCAGAGCGGUGAAACCUCAAUUGUCAUAUCAGAUGUGCUCAAAGGAGGCCCAGCAGAAGGGCUGUUACAGGAGAAUGACCGUGUUGCGAUGGUUAACGGUGUUUCCAUGGAUAACGUGGAACACGCUUUCGCCGUCCAGCAGCUGAGAAAAAGUGGGAAAAAUGCCAAAAUUACCAUCCGAAGAAUGAAGAAAGUCCAUAUCCCAGUGACUCGGACGGAUCCUGACCCCGUCUCUGAAAACGACGAGGACAGCUAUGAAGAGGAACUGCAUGACCCCAGAGGUUCCCACGGUGCUACAAGUAGAAGGCACGAGAAAAGUUGGACGAGGGAUCGGAGCGCAAGUCGAGAAAGGAGCGUGUCGCCCAGGUCAGACCGGAGAUCCAUGGCUUCCAGUCAACCCACAAAACCCACGAAGGUCACGUUGGUGAAAUCGAGGAAGAACGAAGAAUACGGGUUGCGCCUGGCCAGCCACAUCUUUGUGAAAGAAAUUUCUCAAGACAGUUUGGCAGCCAAAGAUGGCAACAUCCAGGAAGGAGAUGUUGUGCUGAAGAUCAACGGAACUGUCACGGAAAAUAUGUCCUUGACAGACGCCAAAACCCUGAUAGAAAGGUCAAAGGGCAAGUUGAAAAUGGUGGUUCAGAGGGAUGAGAGAGCAACUCUGCUGAAUGUCCCAGAUCUUUCUGACAGCAUCCACUCAGCCAAUGCUUCAGAAAGAGACGACAUUUCAGAAAUUCAGUCGCUGGCAUCUGAUCAUUCAAACCGAUCCCAUGACAGGCCCCGUCGCAGUCGUUCACGAUCUCCUGACCAGAGGUCAGAACAUUCUCCACAGCAGCCCAGCAAUGGCAGUCACCGGAAUAGAGAUGAUGAAAGAAUAACCAAGCCGGGAGCGGUUUCCACGCCUGUGAAGAACGCGGAAGAAACUUCUCUAGCCAAAGCCGUAGAAGACUCUGUAGCAGAAAAAAAUGACAAACAGACUCCACCACUUCCAGAACCAAAGCCCGUCUAUGCGCAGGCCGGACAGCCCGACGUGGAUUUACCCGUUAGUCCCACCGACGGCCCUCUACCAAACUCAACGCAUGAAGACGGGAUGCUUCGGCCAAGCAUGAAGCUCGUUAAAUUCAAGAAGGGAGACAGUGUUGGCUUGAGGUUGGCUGGCGGCAACGAUGUUGGCAUAUUUGUGGCUGGUGUUUUGGAGGACAGCCCUGCUGCCAAGGAAGGCUUGGAAGAAGGCGAUCAGAUUCUCAGGGUAAAUAAUGUCGACUUCACCAACAUCAUCCGGGAAGAAGCGGUUCUCUUCUUGCUUGACCUCCCCAAAGGAGAAGAAGUCACCAUUUUGGCACAGAAGAAGAAAGACGUUUAUCGGCGCAUCGUGGAAUCCGACGUGGGAGAUUCUUUCUACAUCCGAACCCACUUUGAGUACGAGAAGGAGUCUCCCUACGGGCUGAGCUUCAACAAAGGGGAAGUCUUCCGCGUGGUGGACACCCUGUACAACGGCAAGCUGGGCUCCUGGCUGGCGAUACGGAUUGGCAAGAAUCACAAGGAAGUGGAAAGGGGCAUCAUACCCAACAAAAACAGAGCUGAACAGCUGGCCAGUGUCCAGUACACCCUUCCAAAGACCGCAGGGGGGGAUCGGGCGGAUUUCUGGAGAUUCCGAGGUCUGCGCAGCUCCAAGCGAAACCUGAGAAAAAGCAGAGAGGAUUUGUCCGCCCAACCAGUUCAGACCAAGUUUCCUGCCUACGAGAGGGUGGUCCUCCGAGAAGCUGGAUUUCUCAGGCCGGUGACCAUCUUUGGACCAAUUGCUGACGUUGCACGAGAAAAGUUGGCUCGUGAGGAGCCUGACAUUUAUCAGAUCGCCAAAAGUGAGCCCAGGGAUGCUGGAACUGACCAACGCAGCUCAGGCAUCAUUCGCCUUCACACAAUAAAACAGAUAAUUGACAGAGACAAACACGCCCUCUUAGACGUCACCCCAAAUGCAGUGGACCGCCUAAAUUACGCCCAAUGGUAUCCCAUUGUGGUGUUCUUGAACCCAGACUCCAAGCAGGGGGUAAAGACCAUGAGGACGAGACUCUGUCCAGAAUCCCGGAAAAGUGCCAGGAAAUUGUAUGAGAGGGCUCACAAGUUACGCAAAAACAACCAUCACCUCUUUACAGCUACCAUUAACUUGAAUUCCAUGAAUGAUGGAUGGUAUGGAGCACUCAAGGAAGCGAUUCAGCAACAACAAAAUCAGCUAGUUUGGGUGUCGGAAGGAAAGGCAGAUGGUACUACAAGUGAUGACCUUGAUCUACAUGAUGACCGGCUCUCCUACCUGUCGGCUCCAGGUAGCGAGUACUCCAUGUACAGCACCGACAGCCGGCACACCUCCGACUACGAGGACACGGAUACGGAAGGCGGAGCCUACACAGACCAAGAGCUGGACGAGACGCUCAACGAUGAGGUUGGGACUCCCCCAGAAUCCGCCAUUACCCGCUCCUCUGAACCUGUAAGAGAAGAAGUAUCCGGGGUCCAUCCAGAGAACCAAAGCUGUCCUCCGUAUGGGUCCCAAGGCCAGCCACAGCCAAAUCACAGGAUAGACUCUCCGGGUUUUAAAAACAAUACUGCUCAACCGAAAGCAGAGGCUUCUUCACCCCCCUACCUUUCCCCGUCGCCAGAAACGGGGGGCUCGGCCUCUUCGACGUCUGCCGUUAACCCCUGUGUAAGCCUCCCCAAUGUCAGGCUGGAGGAACCUGGGGCAGCCCCUUACAACUCGUACCAGCCACAAGCGGGGCCCCUAAGGAUGGCCGGCCCCGAGGCGCCCCACAUAGUGCUCAGAGACCAGGAGCUGCCUUCCUUACCACCGCACCUAGAUUCAACCAAGAUGUACCGGAAAGAACCCUUCGUAAACGAGGACCUCCCUCGUCAAAACUUUGCCUUGAAGCAGCCAGGACAGAGACAAGAGAAAGACCCUAAUCUGACCUACGAACUGCAGGGUCCCUAUCCGGAGAAAUCGGCCAACCGGGAUUACGAGCCUCUGGCGUACCGCUACGACUCCUCCAACUACGUGGACCCGUUCCCCCACGGCUACGACUCUCGGCUGCCCUACGAGGAGCGGGUGCCCCCUUACGAAGACCACUGGAUGUAUUACGAGGAGAAGCAGCCCUACCAGCCUCGGCCGCCCUACGAGAGCCAGCCGCCCCGGGAUUUCGACCCUCGGGUCAACGCGGAAGAGAGCGCAGCGCGCAGCGGCUACUUCACGGCCCAGCCUCGCUUCGAAGAAUCGCCCCCCGUGGCCUACGACAGCCGGCCCCACUACGAGCCUGGCCCCAAAGCCUUCAACCUCUCCCAGGUGAGGUAUGAGGAGCCGCUUCCUCCCGGCUAUGAAGUCCACGGGAGGUACAAGUCGGAGCCCCAGCCAUACUCCACCACGGUGCCACGGUCGCCCGAGCCGAAGCAUUACUACGAGUCGCAACCGCGAGGCUACGAGCAAGCGCCUCCGCCGGGCUUCAGCGCCAAAGCAGCUCCCUACGAUGCGUCCCUCGGCACCGGGGGUCCCCACCCUGCCCUCCCUCCCCAGAGCAAGCCCGAAGCUAUGCCUUGCAACAAUAAAGCACUGCCCACCCCGCCCGCCGAGGAGGAGGACGACCCGGCCAUGAAGCCCCAGUCGGUGCUCACUCGGGUGAAGAUGUUUGAGAACAAGCGCUCCACGUCGGUGGAAAAGAUCAAGGACUCGAACGAUCUCUCGGUGGUGAAGCAUCCUCCCGAACUUGCGCCUAAACCAAAUGUGGCACCGCUGACCGGCCCCAAAGCAGCCUCUCAAAAUCCGAGCGACAAAUCAGCUUACAGAGCCCCUGAACCGCAGAGACCUCAAGCCAAGCCUCCCGAGGACAUCGUCCGAGCCAACCACUACGACCCCGAAGAAGACGAGGAAUAUUAUCGCAAGCAGCUCUCCUAUUUCGACCGCCGGAACUACGAUAGCAAGCCUGCUGCCCAAGUCCCCAGCAGCCAUCAUGCGGAGCAAGGAAAAGCCGUUCACAAUCAGCUGAACUACACCAAUUACUCCUCCAAGGGGAAGUCAGUAGACGUGGAGCCCCUAGAGAGGGGUCUUGGAGACAAGCGCUACGAGCCCCCUCCUCAAGUAACUCCCCCGGUGCCCUCCGUCCAGUAUACCCAACCUCAGUCCAUCAAUAACCCCAUCGUGUCUCUCCAACCCAAGUCAGUCCUGGCUGAAGACUUCCAGAAUUCCCUGUCCAAACCGGAGCUGCCACCGUCUCUGCCUCAGAACAAACCAGCGGCUUUCAGGUCUUCCAGCCGAGAAGAUACGGUGCAGGCUACUUAUUACCCUCAGAAGAGCUUCCCCGACAAAGGACCCAUCAACGGGAUGGAACAGCUCCCCAAAACCACCACCCCGGCCUACAACCGCUUCACCACCUCCUCCAAACCCUACACCAGCGCGGCCCGGCCCUUCGAACGCAAGUUCGAGAGCCCCAAGUUCAACCACAACCUCUUGCCGGAGGAGACCCUUCCGAAGCCCUCCGAGAUACCUUCAGCCAAGCCUCAACAUUCUCCCCAGCCCCUUCUGAAAGCACACGGCUCCGCUCAGCCCGAGUUCGAGAGCAACCUGGAGAGCUUCUCCGGCCAAGGGGACAAACUCAAGUACCAACCAAAUAACAUCAGCGCUGUGCCGAAGGCCAUCCCCGUCAGUCCUUCUGCUUUGGACGAUGAUGAGGAAGAGGAAGGCCACACGGUCAUCGCCACCGCCAGGGGCGUUUUUAACAGCAACGGGGGUGUCCUCAGCUCCAUCGAGACUGGCGUCAGCAUAAUUAUCCCGCAAGGGGCCAUCCCGGAGGGAAUCGAACAGGAGAUCUAUUUUAAGGUCUGCCGGGAUAAUAGUAUCCUUCCGCCUCUAGACAAAGAGAAAGGCGAGACGCUCCUGAGCCCCCUGGUCAUGUGUGGGCCGCACGGACUGAAAUUCCUGAAGCCUGUCGAGCUGCGUUUGCCACACUGUGCGUCUAUGACUCCUGAUGGUUGGUCUUUUGCUCUAAAAUCCUCCGACUCGUCGUCGGGUGACCCCAAAACUUGGCAGAACAAGUCUCUUCCCGGAGAUCCAAAUUAUCUUGUUGGAGCCAAUUGUGUGUCAGUUCUAAUAGAUCACUUCUAACCCUUACCUUAGUGAGUGGAUCUGAGUGCGAAAACCAAGAUUUUUUUUUUUAAAAAAAAGAAAAUCAGACCAAAAACAAAACAAACAAAAAACAAACCAACCAACCAACCACCACCUGCAUAGAAACUGAACCACUCUUUUCAAGUAUUAACCGUUCUCCUAGUAUUAAGCAAUCUGUGGUUUGACUAACAGCAGCUAGUCAGAGCGUUCUUGAACAGUGAUCAGGGUACACGCGUUCGCAGCAACUAAACCGGUCAGCAGGGGCCACGCCACGUCCUGGCGGCCGAGCCUCUCACCUUCCUUAAAACGGGACACUUUUAACGCAUCGUAGCUUAAAACCUUAAACUACCACUGAAGCAAUGCAAUUUAGUAUUUCUCUUUCCCCCCUUCCCCCCCCCCCAGAAGUUCAUAACUCACUGUUGAAUUAGGAGUUUUUUUUGUUUUUUUUUAACUAUUGUUGUUCCAUUUAUUUGGUCUUGUUAAAAGUUUUCACUUCCUUUUCUUUUUUUUUCUUUUUUUUUUUUCUUCUUAAUUUAAACACCGGACACCUCAAAGCAUCCUUAGAAUAUGCAAAGAUGACAUCAUUCCUUUGUUUUCGUUUUUUGGGAAAGGGGGGAAAAAACCCAGCAACCUGAGAGGGGGUUUCUUUUUUUCCCCCUCUGUGUUUUUGCCCAUCCCUUUGGAGGACAACAACAACAACAAAAAGAUUUUGCUAGCACAAUAAGUGGGAAAUUGGUCCUUCUCUUGCCCAGGAUUAGUUUACCUGUUAGUUCACCUGUUUGUGUGAAAAACCCACUCUUUCCCACGGCUCCCCUUUGUUACCGAGAAAAGAGAAAAUGCACGGGGUUGGACUGUGGUUUAUGUGCCUCUCUAAAUUCACCACAUCUGUGACAGACAUAUCUAGCGGUGUUGCCUUAUCCUCCUGCUUUUAACGUAGUUUCCAUCGUCAUCGUAGCUCACCGUACUACUACUACUACUACCACUACUACAUUGGUAGGGCUUCCGUACUGGCCAGAGAAAUUACCACUCGGGGGUGGGGUGGGGAGAGCAAUGGGUGGUUUGAGGGUUGUGUGACCACGUUCACUGGGAGACCGAAAGAGAGUAAGUGAAAUCCUGGGGUUUUGCAUUGUUCAAGCAGAGGGGAAUUCUGAAGGAACAUAACGAUGGUAAUAUUUUUCUUUUCUUUUUUUUCUUUUUCUUUUUUUCUUUCAUUUCUUUUUUUAUAUAUAUUAAUUUUCAUUUUGUUUUCUGCUGUGCAUUUUGGGGGAAAAAAUUUAUAGAUGUUCUAGAUUGCUUGUAUAUAAAAACUUGUGCGUACCACUUUUGUUCUUGGUUUGUAAAUUAACUUUUAUAAGCUUUACCUUUUUUAUAUAUAUAUAAUAUAUACGAGGAUAUGUAUUAUAUAUAUAUAGAUAUAUAUAUAUAUAAUACAAAAUGGAAGUUUCUUAAUAUCUUUGUAUUCUCAGACCUUUUGAGCCUUGAACUUUGAAAUCUGGCAGCAAUAACGCAGCAUUUCUACCGUACACGAGAACAAGGACUUUUUUAAAAUAUAAAUAUAUAUAUAUAUAUACUUAUAUAUAUAUAUAUAUAUAUAUACAUAUAUAUAUAUAUAAAUAUAAAUAUAUAAACAAACAAAAAACUGAAAAUGCACAAAGUUGUUACCUUUUUAAAGUGCUGCAUUUAAAGACUAACUUGGAAUUCUCUAGUUUGAUUAUCUUCUUGGGGAAAAGAAAACGAAAAGAAAAGUAUCCCUACUGUAAUUUUGUGAUAACGGAUACUGUACCAUGUGCCCUGAAAUGUAUUUUUUUACUAAUAGACAAUUUAUUAUGGCACAUCCACACUCUUUCUGUUUAGAUAAUAUACCACUGCAUUCUGUUAAUCGGUUCUUUAGCUAUUCAGGUGUGGCUGAUUUUUUUUUUCUUUGCCGUUAUUAAAAAUUACACAUUUCUAAAUAUGCAGAAUAAAAACUGUUUUUAAAAUAGAA